CAAAGUUUCAAAAUGGACGACGAAGCACCAGUCAUUUAUGGACUCGAGUUUCAGGCCAGAGCAUUGUCUGCCCAAACAGCAGAGACGGAUAAGAUACGCUUUCUAGUGGGCACACAGUCACUUAGGGCAGAAAACCAAAUCCACCACAUAGACUUUGAUGAUGAAAACAACAUCAUAAACAAGAUUGUAUACAUACAUCGGGAGGGAGAGAUCUGGGACAUCAGUUCCUCAACCCUGGACAAUAAUCUCCUCGCAACCUGUUAUAACAAAACAUCAGAAUCCAAAACAGAGAUGCGAGGGGCUGUAUGGAAACUUCCAGCAGACUACGACAGCUGUCAGUUGGAGGACCAGUCUUCCCAUCAGUCUUUGCAGCUAGUGUGUCACCUUGACAACACAGACUAUGGGGACAUGAAAAGUGUCCUUUGGCAUCCGACUGGUGAUAGCAGUAAUCUGAUUGGUUUGUCAGACAACCAUAUUCUCCUCUGGGAUCUUGACAGCUCUUCAAAUACUGCAAAGCUGACUGCCUCUGCCGAAUUAGAGAGUAAGGGUCAGCCCAAGAUGACCUGUGGCCGGUGGAAUCCGCAUCACAAUAGUCAGCAGGUGGCCACUGCCAAUGACACCGCUAUACGGGGAUGGGACAUCCGUUCCAUGCAACAGGUAUAUGUGAUUGAGAAUGCCCAUGGUCAGCUGGUCAGGGAUGUGGACUUCAAUCCAAAUAAACAGUAUUACCUAGCCAGUUGUGGAGAUGACUGUAAGGUGAAGUUUUGGGACACCAGGAAUCCUACAGAGCCACUUAAAGUUUUAUCAGAACAUUCACACUGGGUAUGGGCAGUGAGGUACAACCACUUCCACGAUCAGCUGGUCCUGUCAUCCAGCAGCGACAGUCGUGUCAUCCUCAACAAUAUUGUAUCAUUGUCAUCUGAACCAUUUGGACACCUUGUGGAGAAUGAUGAUGAUAGUGAUGAGGAUCAACAGAUUGAGAAUCGUUCUACUGAAGUGCCAAAGGAUGGAGUAAUAGCCACUUAUGAGGAACACGAGGACAGUGUGUAUGCUACUGACUGGUCAUCUGCGGACCCGUGGGUCUUUGCCUCCCUUAGUUAUGACGGACGUCUAGUCAUCAACAGAGUACCAAGAGCAGAGAAAUACAAGAUUUUAUUAUGAUUUUGAUUAUUAUGUUAAAUGGAAACCAAGGACAGACCACUGUGCUGGCAGUAUUCCUGUUUUCUCUAUAUAAAUUCUGUAAAGUGACAUCAAGAGGGAUGAUUCAUAUUUGUUUGCUAUGAUUGUAAAAUCUUGUGUAAAAGAUAACAUAUUUGUGUCUAUGUAAUGGUUGAAAGGUAUAUUUAAGAAGUCUUCUUUAUAUUCUGUUUUUUUUUCAUCCAUUUACUUGUUCAAUAAUUUCCACUAAAGCUACUAGUCACAUAGGCAUUUGUAGAUCAAAAUCAUCUUUUUUCUGGUUAGAUGUCCGAGAUUGAUGCUGUACUAAUAGACUAUGAUAUUUUUUAGGACUGUAAUUAGAUUAAGUCCCAUACCAACCCUUGCUAGAGUGCUGACAAGGAAUUUCUGAAAAUAGUAACUAUGACCUUUAAUUUGACCUAACAACCCUGAAAUUGGCACCUGUAUGAGAUAUUAUGGUCCAUUGUAAUUGUGUAGAAUUUCAUCACAAUCCUUCAAGUAAUGAAGCCACUAGAGUACUGACACAUUUUGGCCACACAUACAAUUACAAAAAUUCCUUGUUUGCUUCAGUUCAGAAAAAAAAGCCAAAUCAUUUUUUUCUAUAUGCACAUCAAAUUUGAUGCGAGUAUUAUGGUAUGGUGUUGUCCUUCUGUGCAGCAUUAACUUUUGUCUGUUCGGAGA